AUGGGGCUCUCUUCCUGGUUUUCUUCACGUUUUAAAAAGGAAACCAGGAAUCCCAAUUUAUCAGACAAACAGAUUAACGAUGACGCAUCUUCUAUUGCACCUUCCGCGGCACAUGUGCACUACGACAAGGCUGACGACAAGCCGAGCGCUUCCAACUCUCAUACAGACCUAAUAUCUGAAUCGCAGGAGGUAUGGGAAGAAGCAUACACUCUAGUUAAAAAUGAUGAAUCAAUGCGGCCCAUCAUUGAGGAAUAUGAGGCCAAGAUGCUAUCGGAGUUGCAGCCUCUGUCUGGGAAUGCUGCGACUAACGCCUCGCUGAUCUGUGAUAUCGCAAGCCUCAACACCGACAAUCGGAAACGUUUCAUGGAAAGACUAGUGUACAAGGAAGGAGUCUCAUCCGGUCGAUCGAAGGCGGUUUCACAAAUUGCAACUGUCUUUGAUUCAACAGAACAAAUCAUCGGCUCCGUACUUGAUGUUUAUCCACCGGCUUCCGUGGUCUGGGCAGGAGUGUGUCUGGUCCUCAAACCGGUCAAUCUUCUGCGCUCGGAUGCCUGGCAGUCCAGUGAAGAAUACAAAAAGUUCAAGGUUCCCAUCCGAAAGGAAAUUGUUACUCUCUACGGCCUUGUCAUUGAAUAUCAGAUGCUCACAUUUCAAACCUGCAAUCAUCGAAUUCGCGACUUUGCCAAAAACGCAGUGGGUUUGAGCCAGUGGGACGAAAAAAUUCGGGCCAUCAUAUCCGCUGAGAAACGGGUCGAUAAUUUCCUGAAUUAUGAUCACAAAACGAAUGUUCUCGCCAACCUGUUGGAUAUUAAGAAAGUGUGCGAAAACAAGUUAGACUCUGUGAUCAAAGUCCUAAACCAACACCAUGAAUUCAUGCUGGAGGAAUCCUUAUCGAAUGAACGAAACGCUCUCAUCCAGGAUUUCAAGCCGAAUCCUAAUCAACACAACUAUCAAGCUUAUCGAGAUUAUUUCGACCAUAUUGUGGCCCCUCUGGAAGGGACUAACAGUGGAAUACGAAAUGAUCCUCGAUACAAACGAUGGGAAACCGGAGAAGAUCGCCUUUUUCUCAUCUUGGCAAACCCUGGAGCAGGCAAGUCUGUGUUUACUAAGUCGUUGUUGCAAGACUUGGAAAAUCAACCGGAAUCAAAUCCGUCAACGGUUUGUUCAUUUUUCUUCAAGGAUAAAAGUGGCCAGCAAAACAAGGCAAAUGUUGCACUUUGCAAAAUUCUUUACGAACUUUUCUUAGCCCAAGGGAAUCUCAUAGAUGGUGUCCGAGAUAUGGUCAAGCCUCUGGACAAAGAGGAUUUGCGACUGAAUCUCGACAAGCUCUGGGAUAUCUUUGAAGCUGCAAUAUCCCAAACUGCCCCCUUUAGAAGUAUUAUCAUUCUCCUGGAUGCGCUGGAUGAAGUCGAUGAAGACCAGAUAAAGAACCUGCUCUAUAGACUGCAACGGUUCUCGAACCCUGCGGUCAAGUUUCUUCUUACAUCACGCCCAACGCAGGCUGUCCUCGACAUGUUCCAAUCACAGAAAGAUUUCAUCUUGAACAUGAAUGAUGAUGUGGAAUGCAAUGAAUCGCUUUCUAGGGACGUCACAAAAGUAGCAACAAGUCGUCUGGACACCUUCUUUCGGAACAACAAGAUCGAGAAUGGAAUUACCAAGGCCAAGUUGCGCAAUACAUUCAAGCAACACAUGAGCAAUAACUAUACGUAUCUUUUUGUCGGCUUGAUAUUUGACUAUCUAGACAAGCAGCCGAUGAAACGACUACCGAGCCAAUGGAUUGAGACGUUCACGACUCUUCCGACAACGGUGUAUGACACCUACCGAGCUCUACUGGAGGAUAUUCCCGGAAAUGACAGACCUGAUGUCAAGGCCAUGCUUCAACUUGUUCUGGCAGCACAGAGGCCGCUAACGGUGCGCGAGAUGAACAUUGCAUUGAACGUCUGUACAAUCGAUGAUGUGAUAGACAGCACUGAGGAUAUGGAGUUGAUGCAAGAUGCCGAGGACUUCAAGAUCUGGAUUCUCAAGACCUGCCACUUCUUCCUGGUGACUUAUGAUAAUCGCAUUCAUUUCAUCCACCAAACUGUCAGGGACUACCUUCUCCCGCUGAAGUCCUCGGAUGAUAAACGACCCGAAUGGCUGACGGAUGAUUUCUCAGAGGAGGCCUGUCAUCAGACUAUCAUGAAGACCUGUAUCAAAUACAUCUCUGCCCCUUUUAUUCAAAGACCUGCUAUAGCGAGUUUAAAGGAUUUCUUCGAUGCUCCUCUCCCCACUCAACUUGAAACUCAGCAGUGGUUCAGGCAAACGCUCGAAUUUGGCGAAUAUGCCUUCACACAGUGGCUAAUGCAUCUGGAUUUCAUACGAAAUCGCGAACACAAGGAAUGGCCCGAGGCACUUGAGACCGUUCAGAAGCAAUUUGUCUUUAUGCCAUUUGAUUUUGCUGAGCUUUGUUUCUGCUGCUCUAGUUUUCCCUCCAAGAGGGAAGUGGAAGUAUUCAGAGACAUGCCAUUGCUAGGUGAAAAAGACAGCAACGAUCAUCGUGAUCUUACCUUGGACUGCUUGGCCAAGGGCUUGGUGACACGAUACCUGAAGACCAGCAUAUCAUCGGAGCUACAUUACGCGAUUUCCCUGUCCGAGGAACUCAUCAGCCGCACAGAUUCCACUGAUGCAAGAUUGAGCAGAAGACUCAUAGACAUAUCCCGGGCUUACCUGAUAGCACAUGAUGACAGCUCCAAGUUCCACUAUGUGGAGUCAGGCCUUGAUUCAGCCGAGCGUGCAGUUCAAGUAACUUCUCCAGGUCACAUCAAUCGGCCCCGAGCCUUGCAAGUUCGUGCCGAUGCUCUCGGGAAACGAUACUUCGCCGAUCCAGGGCUAACUGGCGACGAUAUCAACAAAGCAAUCCAUGACAUCGAAGAGGCUCUAAAUACUACAUCACCGUACGUCUUAGACGACCAAGACAAAGCCUUCUUCCUCCACAGCAAGGCUGUCUACUACGGUUAUCGGUCACGACAAGGAACAGAUAGCAGUCUCAAAGAUCUCGACAAGGCUAUCAAGGUUGCUCGGGAGGCAGUGGAUAUGCUGUCGCCCACCAGCCUACGCAGAGACAGCGCAUUACAUACGCUGAGUGUCUGGCUGGGCGCACGCGCUGAAGAAACAAGGGAAAUAGAACAUAUCGACGAAGCCAUCCGAGUAGAUAAAUUGGCACUUGGCAGUGUCCUCCCGCAACAGCAACGUACGACGAGUACCGACCAUUUCUCUUCGCUGAGGGGGUUGGUGGCUCAUCUACUGCUUCGAUAUACAUUCACGGAGUCUUUGGAGGAUCUGCGCGAGUCUUUGGAGGUCGCUGAGUACGCUCUUCGGGUUAUUCCAAAACAUCACGAUACGUAUCUUGGUUGUAAGCGAGUGUAUAUUCGGCUACUGGAACUGGCUGAUGAUGUUGGUCUGGAGUAUGAAGAUGUACGACUGAAUAUUUAA